AUUAGGGCAAUUUGAAUGCGAGUGCAACCCACAACUUGCCAAAAUCUAACACGUAGCAUCCAUUCUUUUACAGCUAUAAAUACCAGUCCUUUCUUUGCACUGCAGCCUCUCUUUCUCUAUCAAAAAGCACUCAGUGGCAGCUGCGUUCACUUUUCUCCAUUUUCACUUCUUCAAAGCGUACGCAAAGAAGCCUCAGACCUCAAACUUCAGCUUCUUUUUCCCACUCCAGAGACUGUAAACCCUGCAGAUUUUUUCGCUGCCACAAUGGUCGACGUCGACCGGAGAAUGACCGGUCUCAAUCCGGCUCAUAUAGCCGGCCUACGCCGUCUCUCUGCCCGAGCCGCCACUCCCUCAACCGCUACUUCACUUCCUGUCCGUAAUGGUCUAGUCUCUUUCUCUUCUCUGGCGGAUAAAGUUACAACUCAUUUGCGUAACUCCGGUAUCCAAGUCCAGCCGGGUCUUUCUGACGCUGAGUUCGCGCGAGCUGAGGCAGAGUUUGGCUUCGCUUUCCCUCCCGAUCUUCGCGCCGUACUCUCCGCUGGUUUGCCCGUUGGUCCUGGCUUCCCAGACUGGCGUUCCGCUGGUGCUCGCCUCCAUUUACGUGCCUCGCUCGAUCUUCCUAUCGCUGCUAUCUCGUUUCAAAUCGCACGCAACACUCUCUGGUCCAAGUCAUGGGGCCCGAGACCAUCCGACCCGGAAAAGGCAUUAAGGGUGGCGAGAAAUGCGCUGAAGAGAGCUCCGCUUUUGAUUCCCAUUUUCAACCAUUGUUACAUUCCUUGUCACCCUUCUUUAGCUGGUAACCCCAUCUUUUUCGUCGAUGAGAAUCAGAUCUUCUGUUGCGGUUUGGAUCUAUCUGAUUUUUUCGACCGAGAGUCCCUCUUCCGGAGCUCCGAGUCGGACCCUAUACUUCUAAAGACGCAAAGAUCCGUUAGCGAGAAGUCGGCUGGGUCUUCCAUAAAUUAUUUGCGUCGAAGCUUGGAUACGGAUACAGCAAAUGGAGCGAGAACCCCUAGAUGGGUCGAGUUCUGGAGCGACGCAGCCGUGGACCGCCGGAGGCGAAACUCGGCAUCUUCCUCCUCAGAGUCAUCUUCUUCGGAGCAGUUUUUCGAUAUACCGAGAUCGGAGAUGCCAAAAUGGGUGGAGAAGUACAUAGAGCAAAUCGGUUCGGUUUUGAGAGAGGGAGGUUGGAGCGAAACUGACAUAGCUGAGAUUGUACACGUGUCAGCAUCUGGUUUCUUUGAAGGGGAGAUGGUUUUGUUGGACAAUCAAGCAGUCCUGGACGCUCUGCUGUUGAAAGUGGAUCGGUUCUCCGAUUCGCUCCGGAAAUCUGGGUGGAGCUCCGAAGAAGUUUCAGACGCGUUAGGGUUUGAUUUUCGACCGGAAAAGGAAAGGAAACCCGCUAAGAAAUUGUCACCUGAGCUGCUUGAGAAGAUUGGGAAAUUAGCUGAGUCAGUUUCCCGGUCAUAAAGUCAGCAUCGAUUUUUUUUUUUUUUUUUUAUAGCAAGGCCUCGUUGUCGGGGUGGUUUUCUUUUUUUCUUUUUUAAGAGUGAAAAUUGAAAAUACAUGGGGAAACGCGUUGUACAAUGAACCAAAGCUUAAAAGGACUAAAAGACAAAUUUUCAUCUAAUAUAAA